CAUUUCUCCUGCUUCUUCUUCUUCUUCUUUGUCUCUGUACCGUACCCUUCUUCUCUUACUUUCUCUCCCUGUCUACACUCCGGAGCCUAUUAUUCUUUGCUUUGUAGAGAGAGAAAAACAAGCCUGUUUCUAUAGACAGAAAAUAGAAAAUAAACAAAGCUUUUCCAUUAUGCUUGUGAUUCAACUUGAGGUCACAGCCAAAUCUUUGUUGCUCUUCUUGAUUUUUCUUUAACGGUCGUCUAGUCUCAACAUUUUUUGGAAUAUACCAGCUGGAGUUAUUUUUUAUAGCAGAUGUGUAGCAUGUGUCACACCUGUGGCGGAGAACUUUGUACGUCUGAGGGCAAUAAUAAGCAGCAGAAUGAGAAAUUUCUGAAGUUGAAUGGUGAAUGCCCUCGUGGUUCCUGUAAAUCUUGUUGGGAGAAGCAAGAACGUGAAUCUUUAAAGAAGUAUGUUUUGAGUCCAUAUGCAACACCAUUGAUCAGUCCGACGACUUCCUUGUCAAGCAGUGAUCGGUCCUUCUCAAGCUCAAGUGAGUUUUCCGUAGAUGGAAUUUCAUAUGACAGGGUAAAUCAUGAAGGUGCAGCAGACAGCAGUAAUGAUGAUUUGAGCUAUAGGAUGAGUGACCAAGUACUGCAGUUACCCUCAAAAUGUCCAGUAAAUGGGGUUGAUAGAUCUAAUACAGUGAUUGAGAAUGGAAAUUAUGGUGUUGAUGGAGAUGUAGUUAGAGAAGUGGACAUAGUUCAAAAUACUAAUGUUCUGGAAGCAAAAGGAAUUGGCCCAGAAUAUGAUAGCAAAUGUUCUAUUGGGGAAUCUGGAAGUUCAAAUCCCGACGAUGAUCUGAUGGAUGCCAAGAUUUGGGAACCUCCAGAAUCAGAAGAUCCAGAGGAUGACUUGGAGAGUAGUGUGGCUUAUAAUGAUGAUGACGACGACGAGUGUGGUGAUGGCGUCAAUUGGGGCAAUCCAAGUUCUUUUAGUCAUUCUAAUGAUGAAGGUUGUGGAAACUACAGGUUCAAAGAAGAAAAACAACGAGCAAUGGAAGAGGUGAUAAAUGGCAAGUUUAAAGCAAUUGUGAGUCAGCUUCUAAAAUCAGCUGGUGUUGCCUCACCUGUUGAAGAUGGUGAAAACUGGGUUGAUAUAGUUACUUCUUUAUCCUGGGAAGCUGCUUCAUUUUUGAAGCUUGAUGGUAUUGAUGGCAAGCCAAUGGAUCCAGAUGGCUAUGUGAAAGUUAAAUGCAUAGCAACUGGGUCUCGCAGCCAAAGUCAAGUAGUGAAAGGCUUGGUGUUUAAAAAGCAUGCUGCUCACAAGCACAUGCCAACUAAGUACAAGAAUCCAAGGUUGUUGCUUAUCCAAGGUGUGCUUGGUCAGUCUUCCAGUGUUUUAUCAUCAUUCAAGUUAAUGGAUCAGGAAAAGGAUCAUCUGAACUCUGUCAUUGAGAUGAUAGAAAUGUGCCAUCCAAAUGUUGUAUUAGUAGAAAAAAGUGUUUCUCGUGAUGUUCAAGAGUCUAUCCUUUCCAAAGGAAUGACACUGAUAUUUGACAUGAAGCUCCAUCGCUUGGAGAGAGUUGCUCGCUGUACUGGUUCGCAAAUUGUAUCAUCCGAUACUCUGAUGAAUCAAAAGCUAAAGCAGUGUGAUUCCUUUCACAUUGAGAAGUUUAUAGAAGAGCAUGCUGCUGUUAGUGAAGGUGGCAAGCAGCCAACUAAAACAUUGAUGUUUCUUGAGGGCUGUCCCACACGUUUAGGUUGCACUAUUUUGCUGAAAGGAAGCCAUAGUGAUGAAUUGAAGAGGGUUAAAUAUGUGGUGCAGUGUGCAGUUGUCAUGGCAUAUCAUUUAAUCCUUGAGACUUCUUUCCUUGUUGAUCAGAAGGCAAUGUUCUCUACGAUUCCCUUUGCUGGAGUAGGAGAAGUCAUACCAACAGAUCAGCUAUCUCCUGCUUUAGAAAUUGGUAAUUCAAGUGUUCCUUGUCUUGAUGACUCUAGCACUGAAACUGCAUUAAUCAAAAUUGAUAGCCUUGUUUUGAAUGGAUUACACGAGGAAAAUUCCCAUGUCAGCAGGGUAUUGGAAUAUGAUAAAAUGGUCAAUGGAGUGUCAGAUGGAGAUUAUGCGUUAUCUUAUGAGCCGUAUAAUCCAGCCAUUUUUACUGGGUUAUCAUCUCUUUCAGCAUCCCUGAAGAAAGUUAUAUGGAAAAGCUUUCCUAUUGCGUCUGCUACCUCUCGGUCUCUGUCUGCAUAUCUUGGCUUAAAUGGAAAGGAGUCUGAAAGGAUCUUAGAAGAAAUUCCAGUUCUGAAAGUUCCAGACGUUUGUGAUCACUGUAAUGCUGAAAGUAAAGGUAACUCUGAUGAAACGAAAUCAAUUGAGGAUGGAAAAACACAGUCUUUAUCAUUAUGUGGUGACAACCUGACAGAUAUACUAAUAGAUGAUGCAAAUGAAGAAAACCAAAUGCAGUGUAAGGAUGAUGUCAACAAAGUGGUGGAUUCUCAGAGUAUUUUGGUUUUGAUGUCUAGCCGGAAUGCCUCGAAAGGAAUUGUUUGUGAACAGAGCCAUUUUUCUCAUAUCAUGUUCUACAAGAACUUUGAUGUUCCCCUGGGAAAGUUUCUUAAAGACAAUUUACUAAAUCAGAAAAGCCAGUGCAUGACAUGUGGUGAAUUGCCAGAAGCACAUUUUUACUAUUAUGCUCAUAAUAGUAGGCAACUCACAAUACAAGUGAGACGGCUUCCCAAUGGAAAACAGUUGCCUGGAGAAGCCAGAGGAAAACUCUGGAUGUGGAGUCGGUGUGGUAAAUGUAAAGGUAGGAAUGGAACUCCAAAAUCUACAAAAAGAGUAUUGAUCUGCACUGCUGCACGUGGUCUGUCAUUCGGAAAGUUCUUGGAGCUCAGCUUUUCUCAUAACUCUUCCAUGGGUAGUUUCUCUGGUUGUGGCCAUUCUCUGGACAGAGACUUCCUCUAUUUUUUUGGGUCUGGCCCCAUGAUUGCAAUGUUCAAGUACUCUCAAGUUACAACUUAUACUGUCUCUAUGCCUCCUCAAAAGCUAGAGUUCAGCAAUUCAAUUAGAGGAGAUUGGCUUGAGGAAGAACUUGAAAAUGUCUAUGCAAAAGGAAUUUUACUGUUCCGAGAGGUUGCAAACUCAUUGAAACGGUUAAAAUCUCAGUUCAUUGGUUCAACUAUAAUCCUUCAAGGGUUACAGAAGAACUUCUUAGAUAUUGAAGCGAUGUUGAAGCAGGAAAAAUUGGAGUUUGAGAGUGGCCUUGGUAAGAAUGGGAAGCCGGAGGAAGAUUUACCACAACUUCUCAACUUGAACCGAAUACGAUGGGAGCUUCUGCUUCUGGCACGUAUAUGGGACAGGCGUUUGCACUCGCUGGUCUUGCCUGCACCAGCAAUAGUUGUGACAGGAAUUGGUGAGGAAAAUGCAGAAUGGUUCAAGUCAAAGUUGGAUGGUGCUGCUGGUGCCAGGGAUAAAGAGGCAAAAGCUAAACUGGAAAAUGGUCACACAGUUCCUGAUAAUUGUUGUGAUUUACCAAUUCUAUCGGACAAACCUGUUGAAGGACAUGAAUUUUCAGUAAAAGAAAUUCCAGUUACUGGUCCUCCCCAAGAUGUGGAAAAACAAGAUGAUAAGUAUAACAUAUCUAAUAUUGAUGAGGGUAUUAGGAUCCACGCACAUUCAGACGCAUGUGCCGUUUCUGCUUCCCGUCAUCCCUCUGAUGACAGUUAUCCACCCAAUAAAAUUCCUUUUUCUGAUAGUCUGCAAGUAGAUAGAAUAACUCCAGUUACCGUAGAAUAUGAGAACAAUGAUCAUCUUGAUACAAAUAUGUCUAGAAAGGGUUCUCCACAUUCAAUAUCAUCAAGCUUAGAAAGAUCAAGUGGAUGGUUCUGGAUGCCUUUCUGGGAAAUCCGGCAGAUACACUUGAAUGGUCUUCAGAGAGGUUACUUGCCAAAAUUUGAAUCCGUCAAUAAUUAUACUUUAGAGCACCUAUCCACUGUCUGUCAGCUAAUCAGUGAAGAAGGUUCAAGGCUACACAUACCUCUGGGAGAUAAUAAUUGUAUUGUGUCGGAUUAUGAGGGUGAAGUCUCGAGCAUAAUUGCAUGUGCACUAGCCUUGUUGAAAGAUAUACCUGUAUCUGCAGAAAUUGUUGAUGAAGACAGCAGGAGAGAGUCUGGAGUGGCUGCUAAAGCAAUUGAAAGUUUACACAGCAUAUCUAGAAUUCCUACCAUGACAUCCUCAAAUUGGUCUCUUAAUGGAUCUUCUGAUUCAGAUGCAAUCCAGGCUACCCUAAGCAUUUCUUCAGAAGAGACAGGACUUUCCAGUUUUGAUGGGUUUAAUUUGUUGGAUUCUCUGAGUUUGCCUGAAGGUCUUAGCAUGGAAGUGUCUCUUGGAGCUGGAAAGUCACUUGGAAAGAGCAAAUACUCAGUAAGAUGUCUAUAUGCCAGCCAGUUCCGUAAUCUUCGGAAUCGAUGUUGCCCGUCUGAAAUUGAUUUUAUCGCUUCUCUCAGUCGUUGUAGAAUCUGGGAUGCGAAAGGUGGCAAAAGCAAAUCAUUGUUUGCUAAAACAAUUGAUGACAGGUUCAUUAUAAAGGAAAUUAAGAAAACAGAAUAUGAUUCAUUUGAGAAGUUUGCUCCGCAUUAUUUCAAGUACAUGAAUGAAUCAUUUGAUUUGGGGAACCAAACUUGUCUUGCCAAAGUUCUUGGGAUUUAUCAGGUGACCAUAAGACAUCCAAAAAGUGGAAAAGAGAUUAGGCAUGAUCUCAUGGUGAUGGAGAAUCUCACUUUUGGUCGAAAGAUUACUCGUCAAUAUGAUCUUAAAGGGGCUCUACAUGCUCGGUUUAAUUCAGCUGCUGAUAGUUCAGGAGAUGUUCUUCUGGAUCAGAACUUUGUCAAUGACAUGAAUUCUUGUCCAUUAUAUGUUAGUAAUACAGCAAAGCGUCUCCUGCAACGGGCUGUUUGGAAUGACACUGCUUUCCUCUAUUCAAUCAAUGUAAUGGAUUAUUCUUUACUUCUUGGAGUGGACACCGAGCGGCGGGAGCUUGUUUGUGGAAUUAUUGAUUACCUUAGGCAAUAUACUUGGGACAAGCAACUAGAGACAUGGGUUAAGUCUUCACUUGUGGUUCCCAAGAAUGUUUUGCCAACUGUUAUCUCCCCAAAAGAGUAUAAGAAGAGAUUCAGAAAGUUCAUGUCUACUCAUUUCUUGAGUGUUCCAGACGAUUGGUGCUUGCAAGGAUCAUCGGAGCCUCAUGAAGAUUAUCAUUUAUCUCAAUACAAAUCCCAGAAGCAAGGGGGGAUAAAUGGUUUUUCUUCGUAGGUCUCUUCUUUUCAGGUUAUUUAUUUACUUGAUCUAUACAGUCAGUUGAGAUGAUAUUGUUGCUAUUGUAAAUAGGUUAUGUAAGAGCCCUCCUCGUCAUUCUGCAAUUUUUAGCAAAUUUCUGGGGAAAAAUUUCAUCAUCUCCGUAGGUCUCCCCUAUCCAUCUACAUGUCCAUAUAUAUAUAUAUAUUUUAUUUUUUGUAAAGCCAUUGAGAAAGUGUAGAAAAUCCCGGUGAAUGAAGCCUACAGAUAUUAUUUUGUAUCAAUGAAAAGUUGUUGCCGCCAUUUGGUGUUAGUUUUGGAUCUUUGAUGCUUGUGUCCCCAGCAUUUCAGAACGUAAUAAGGCUUCUUUCCUUCUCUGGA